UAGAUAAGGAAUAUAGCAUUGAAAUUAAAUUGCUAUUCGGUAUUUCAUUUUAUUUAUUAUUGUUCGGUUGUUGUUUGACUCCACAACUUGUUUAAUUGUUUACCAAUUGGUGACUGGUGGUUAACCAUUUCUUUGCUGACGUUAACUAAUAUUUUCAUACGCGUGAUCUUUUAAAUAAAUAAGUGUUACGAAACUAAACAUUAAGUUUCGAAAUGGCUCAACCUCCAAGUACAAUGCCUCCUCCUCAAUUCUUGUUGGAAAUGUUUCAGAAAUUAGAUAAAGACCAUAGUGGUUCCAUUACAGCUAAUGAGUUACAGAGCGCACUAUCCAAUGGCACGUGGACUCCUUUCAACCCAGAAACGGUUCGCUUAAUGUUGAACAUGUUUGAUAAGUCAAAUAAAGGCACCAUAUCAUUUGAAGAUUUUGGUGCGUUAUGGAAGUAUAUUGUGGAUUGGCAAAAUUGCUUCCGGUCCUUUGAUAAAGAUAAUUCAGGAAACAUAGACAAAAAUGAACUUCGAGCUGCAUUACAAACUUUUGGAUACAAUUUAAAUGAUGCUACUGUUGCCACAAUGUUGCAAAAAUUUGAUAGACUUGGUAAAGGGACUGUACUAUUUGAUGAUUUCAUACAAUGUUGCAUCAUGCUUAAUAAUUUAACUACAGCAUUCCGUCAAUUUGAUACUGAUCAAGAUGGAGUGGUCACAUUGCAUUAUGAACAAUUUGUUGGGCUAGUAUUUAGUAUCAAAUAAGUGGGGCUUAUCAUUUUAAUAUUGUCUACAAUUUAAAUUUUAUUUAUAUCGCUGUGAACGUAUUUAUUAUUUUUUUUUAAUUGAAAAUAUAUUUGUACUACAAUUAAUAUACAAUAUAUACAUACAAAUAAAAUGCUUUUAUUUUUAUAA